AUGCCUGCCGCCUCCCGCUACGCGCUCACCGUUCGCCCCGCGCUCCCGCUGCCCGCCGCGCAUCUGGCCACGCUGCCCCGCCGCACUGCCGCGUCGCGCCCGUGGCCGUGGCCGCACCCCGCGUGCACCCCCUGGCCUUGCCCGCCGUGCCUCACCUCGCCGCCUUUGCGUGGCCGCGCCCCAUCGCGGUUCACCGCACGCUCGCGCGCGCCCGGGGCGCGCCUUGCCCCGCUCCGCUCGCGGCCUUCCGCUCGCCCAGCUCCUGUUGAGCUCCGGCCGGCCCCGAGCCCCUCGCAGCUUGCCCCUCCUACUACGGCCGUCGGCGCCUGCCACUCCCUCUGGCCAUUGCUGCCGCGCCACCCCGCCUCCACCGCUGCUCAUCGCGCGGCCCCCCUGCUCGCCGUCGCCCCCCCGUGGCCACGGCCUCGUCCGCCUCAACCGCCCCCACUGGCCGCUCGUCGGCUCCCCGUCCCGCGGCGGCCCUGCUGCGCCGUGCCGGCACGCGGCCCCGGCCCCCUGCGCCGUUGCGGCUGCUCGUCGCUGAGGCCAUCGGCGCCCAGCGCCGUUUUCCUCCCUGUCGACGAGGGGCGCACGCCCAACGCCCGCUAA